CUUCAAGCACGCAGCCACAAACGAUUGGAAGGACGAAGCUGCAGUCUAGUUCCGACUCGGGGGUGAACCUCGCUCCAUGAGCUACGACGAGCUGGAGGACGCCCUGGGCCUCAACUUGGUCAAUGACAGGAACUUCAUCACAGAGGUCGCCGAGCCCGACAGGGUGGACUUCGGGAGGCUGUACUUCAGCCUCGCUCGGCCACGACAGCUCCCCUUCAAGGCGGGGAAGACGAAGGCCACCACAUUGCAGCUCGAAAACCGUCUCCUCCAUCACCUGCUGGCCAAGUCUUACACCCCAGCAUCAGACAGUGCCAGCGCCAUCACCAAGCGAUCCCUGUACUUCAUUCAGUCCAUGCGCCAGAGGGAUCAUCCCCUACACUUGGGCUCGGUGGUGGCGAGGACCUUCGAGAAGAGUGCUUCUGAGCUGAAGAGACUCCACUGCACCCCUCUCAUCACCUGCCUGGCAGAGUACUUCCAGAUAUCCCUGCAGGGGUGCACAGAGCAGGGAGCGACCACUCCCUUUGGCCGGGCUACGCUCACCAAGAUGCUCCUGCUUCGAGAAGAGCGAGGAGUCAUGUGGACCGAGGGGUUUCCUCAACCUCAGAUUCCAGAGGCGGCCCAGCAGGAGGUUCCAGAGGGUGCAGCUGAUGAGGAGGUCCAGCCCGAGGACGUGGAUGACACUGCUGCCGCCCGCCCCACCACCUUCGAGUACGGGGGUGGCAGUUCCAGUUUCCCGGGGCAGGAUUACUUCACCUCCCAGUUCGAGCAGCUGCGUCUCCAGAACCAGCAGAUCAUCGACCAUCAGAUGCAGUUCCAGCAGCAGUACGCGGCUCACCAGGCCGAGUACCACCAGAGGAUGGCGGGUUACGAUGAGAGAUUGGACCAGCUCCAAACCCAGCAGGGGGUGACUCUCGCACACAUCGAGCGAGAGAGGCGCCGUUCACGGCGCAUGCAGGAGGUCCAGCAGCAUUUACUCCAGCUGCUACCGGGCGAGCAGCCAGUCUGGAGGACUCCCUGGGAGGACUCCCUGGGAGGACUCCCCACUUCCACCUCCCCCAGCGGAUGGUGAUGAUGGCGCUGAUGGUGGUGACGCCUUCAUGAACGACAUCGUCUUCGAUCUGGAUAACCUCGGAGACGAGUAGGCUGUACUCGUUGCCCAUCUCAGUGUGUUUUGUUUUUCGUUUUAGACUUGUGUGUGUUUGCUCCAUGUGUGAGGAGCUUGAACUUAGUGUCGUUUGUUUUUGUUUUCGGUUUUCUUUUGUGGAUUGUUUUUGCUGUAGCCGUCUGGGCUAACACUUAUCCCUAACACACCGUGUGCUAGUGUGUUCUUGGUGUUCGAUUCGUGCAGAACUGUCCAUCUUCACGUUUGUUUCUCGUUGACUGGUCCACUUCCAGUCCCCUAGCAGUUUCAAUCCGGUAACAUCGUUCCCCUUCUCUAUCCCUCUGCUCCAUUGAGGGCAAUGUCAUGCUUAAGUGUGGGGGGGUGCUUUGUAUCGGUUGGAAUGUAUAUAUGUGCGCUUGGAGCCUAGUCCACUGUCCAAAUCUCGAGAUUUGAGGGCUCCAAGUACAACUGUUUGAUCAUAUUGGCACUGUGUUGUGAUUGAUGAAUUGAAUGGUUUUCGGAUUGAUGCAUGACAGCUUGAUGUGACUAGGACAACCUAUGAUGAGGACUAAGACGUGCAGUAGAGUUGUGUAGGGGUUCAGUUUUCCAACUGUUUGCUUACCAACUGUGACUUGGAUUGAUUACUUGUUCUUGACAAUCUCUUAUGCAUCUAGUUCAGGGUAUCAGAAUGUGAGAUAGAGCAUAUAGGUAGCCAUGUGAGAUUUGAGCCUGCUCGUUUAUUUCUUGUGCGAUAGAUCCCUCUUCCAUGAUGUGUAGCAUUCACGUUGUCACUAGCUAAGAUGAUGGGGGCAUAGGAUUAGCCCACGACCAAAUUUGACUGUCCUGAUGUGUCAUAUCCCCUAGUCAGCCCUUUUGAGUCGUGUGUUAUCCUUUCUUUUGGUCUGAAAUGAAAAAAUCACCCUUGUUGCAUCUUGUAGAAGGUUCCACAGAGUGGUUUUUACAUAUUCUCUGCUGUUUCUGCUAAAUUUAAUGUCAGUGUUGGAGGUAGUGCUUAAAAGUUGGGCUGGGCAGGUGUUUGAAAUAUAUGCAGAAGUGGCGGCUCUCUUAAGAAAUGAAAAGAAAAUGAAAGAAAAGCAAAGAAAAAUUGGAAGGAAAAGAGAGCCACUACCAAAAAUCUGAAUAAUGCCCAGUACGUAGUGUUUCUUAGCAGUCUAGCUUGGAAAUGCUGACAUUAAUACCUCCUUCGCUCUUGUGCUCUUGAGAUAUUGAGUAAUGCAGAAUAGCAGAAAGGAAAUACCGGUUUGUUUGACUGUCAUUGUUUGGGUUUGGAAAUGUGGAACCUUGUGCUAUGAAUACUUCCACCACCUAAAAGGCCUUUUCCCCAUGUCCAAGACCCUAGCCAGUCAUUUGAACCUGUGUCUAAGACCUCCUGAUUAGUUAGUGGUGACACCCCAUAUGUGAACUCUAGCAUUUAGAGGCUGCCGUCAUGGUGAAGAGAUGUUAGGGAUUGAGAGAAAUAACAUGCGCAUUUUUCG